AAUAGUCAACAGUUAACAUCUGGACAUUCGAAGAGAUGCAUCUGAACCUGAACUAUUUUAUUGGUCUGCUGCUGGUGCUGCUUUGCAGUACAUUUGCGAUGGCCUAUCCCCAGGGACCUGGCUGUGGUCCUCCACCAAGUGGCACUCCACCUCCUGGACCUCGGCCAUCGGGUCCUCCACCUGGUGGCCGUUGCGGUCCACCGCCUUCAACCACGGCUGCUUCCACCGGGUAAAUCGAUUUUCGACUCCAAACCACAAUCACAAGGCUACCGGAUAUGACCUCUAGAAAAUUCUUUAGUUAAGACAUUUUUUUUUUAACUCGAAUUCAAUGAAAUAUAUAUAAAAUAUAUAUAUA